AUGAAAAUUCAACAACCACAGUACGAUAUGUAUAACAAGCAUGUGGAUUCACUCACGUGGUCUGUGGCUUUGCACCUGUCUGGAGGUGCACGGUGUGACAGCCUACGGAGGAUGUUGUUGUUGACACUGCUGCUCAUUUUAAGUUGGUGUGUUGUGAACGCUUCAGGAAACUCUGAGGUUUUCGAUUUUAAGGAUUUUGAAAGUGUAUUAAAUACUGACGAAACAAAUCCUGGUGACGUCCUAUCUUCCCUUUCCUACCGCUACAGCGUUUGGAACAGUUGCACGCGACGUUAUCUCCGCAUUCGAAAGCCGGGCAGGAACGGUGUGGACGCCAAGGGAGAUAAACACGCCAACGACACCUCAAACAUCAUUGAAUCAAUAGGACAGAAAGGCCUUGUAAGGAUAAAGGGAGAGGCAAGUGGACUGUAUCUGUGUUACUCCAGGCGGGGCAAACUCCGCGCCAAAGCAAGACAUUCAGAGUACUGUACGUUCAGAUGGGUCAUUAACGACAACACAAGACAUGACGAAUUCCGGCUGAAUGUGAACAGUAAUUGGUACAUCGGCUUUAAGAAGUGGAGAAGAAAUAGAAGAAAAGGAUCUGGGAAACCUCUUCCUGGAUAUCACUAUAGAAACCCCAAAAUGAGGAAGUGUUAUCAGUUUCUUGUAACGCCGUUAGAUCCACGGCCUCAACAAUCGCGGCCACCGAUAGAUUGGGAGGAUAAAGCUAUAGUUAAUUGGGAUCCAGAGGGGCAGUAUAUCAGACGGACACGGAAACAUAGACCUAGAUUUCGUAAACAGCAUAAACACCGCCACGGUCACGGGACGAAAAAGAAUGGCCGACGAAAACAUCGAAAUAAAGUGAAUAGAUGAAAACAAUUUAGUUCUCUUUAGGAUUUAAUCAAUUACCAGUAAUUCACUGUGAGCUAGACCAAAGCUGAAAACAUUCCGCAUGCGCAUGCGCUGUUUUUGUACGCUUUGUCCCUAGCAAUCCAGAGCCCAAGCGGCAUGGCCAGUACAGAACAUGGAACCUUUCGGCAAAAUCGCAUAACAUUUUAUCGUUUCGUUGCGAUAAUACGCAAACAAAAUGCAGAAUUUUGCAUCGUUUGGACUUCCAUGUCUGA